UUGAGAUUGAGGUGAGGAGUUUGGUGUAAUGUUAGUUUAUAGAUUGUGAAUAGCUGUCACACAUUGUGGAUGCUUCUGUUCAACGCUUGCCACUUGUUUCUGUCUGUCAAAGAUGGCGUCAAGCAGUACGAGCAGCGAGGAGGAGCGGAGCCUCAGGGAGUGCGAGCAAUAUGUCCAGAAGCACAACAUCCAGCUGCUGCUCAAGGACUGCAUCAUCCAGCUGUGCACGACCCGGCCCGACCGGCCCAUGGCCUUCCUCAGGGACCACUUUGAAAGACUGGAAAAGGAAGAAGCCCAGCAGAUGGCUUCGCAGCAGAAGUCCAGCUUGCGGUCAGACUCCCGUGAGGAUGAAGUAUCUCCACCUAUGAACCCUGUGGUGAGGGGUCGCAGCCGGAGAGGAGCCAUCAGUGCUGAGGUGUACACGGAGGAAGACGCUGCUUCCUAUGUCAGAAAGGUCAUCCCAAAAGACUACAAGAGCAUGGCCGCCCUGGCCAAAGCCAUGGAGAAAAACGUGCUGUUUGCCCACCUGGAUGACAAUGAGAGGAGUGACAUUUUUGACGCAAUGUUUUCUGUCAACUACAUUGCUGGAGAAACAGUCAUCCAACAAGGUGACGAGGGAGACAACUUCUAUGUUAUCGACCAGGGAGAGAUGGAUGUCUACGUGAACAACGAAUGGGUGACCAGCAUUGGCGAGGGGGGCAGUUUUGGGGAGCUGGCUCUAAUUUAUGGGACCCCUCGGGCAGCUACAGUCCGGGCCAAGUCCAAUGUGAAGCUGUGGGGCAUCGACAGAGACAGCUACAGAAGAAUACUGAUGGGGAGCACUUUGAGAAAGCGUAAGAUGUAUGAGGAGUUCCUCAGCAAGGUGUCCAUUUUAGAGUCUCUGGAUAAGUGGGAGCGUCUGACGGUGGCAGACGCUCUGGAGACGGUGCAGUUUUUGGAUGGCCAGAAAAUCGUGGUGCAGGGAGAGCCCGGUGAUGAGUUCUUCAUCAUCCUGGAGGGGACAGCAGCAGUGCUUCAGAGGCGGUCAGAGGACGAGGAGUUUGUAGAGGUCGGCAGACUCGGACCGUCAGAUUACUUUGGUGAGAUCGCCCUGCUGAUGAACCGGCCCCGCGCUGCCACUGUUGUUGCAUGCGGACCCCUCAAGUGUGUCAAAUUGGACCGGCCGCGGUUCGAGCGAGUCCUGGGUCCCUGCUCCGACAUCCUGAAGAGAAACAUCGAGCAGUACAACAGCUUCGUGUCCCUCUCCGUCUGAGCUCGUCUGCACUCAGACCCUCCUUUCCUCUACUGCAGGGUCCACCAACGCACAUCUGCUUUAUUUUCCUACUUUACUCUCUCUUUCACGUUACCACAGCCACAAGAUCACUUCAAUACAUCUGUUACUCUUUAUUUAUUUAAUUUUGCGUGUACUCUGAAGAUAGGAUUAGUUUGUGUGAAUGACACAAUUCACCUGAAGCUGUUAUCACAAUAUCAAAUAGGAGUUUGCAUUGAACUUACAGCUGCUGAAAUGAAUUAACAGCAUAUGUGUGAUAUGUGUGUGCAUUCACACUGUGAGUUCAGAGGUCAGUGACAAGAUAUAAAAGCACUGAUCACAACAGGACAAGUCUGUGUGUUUAUAGAGCACAUUUUAAAACAUGCUGAUAAAACAUUUAGAUAAUUAAAAUGGGGACAUUGAUAUAAAAUAUACAGAUGAGAUUAAAUCAUCUAGACAAAAUAUGAAGCACAGUGAAACUUAAUGGAUAAAAGAUGAGUCAAAUUAAGACAGGAUAUAAAAAUGUGAAAGGUAAUAAGCAUAGUGUAAGCUGACAUGUGGCACAUUCAAAGAAAAAUGACCUACCCAAAGUAUUUUCACAUCAGUUUUGCAGUAUUAAAGGUUCUAUAUGUAACUUUCAAAAAAAAUUUAAUAGUGACACCAGUGGCUGUUAACUGCAGCCAGCGUCCUGCUGCUCACUCUCCAUAUGGCCAAAAGUGACACACAAAAAAAUAAAGAACAUAAAUUACAAUCAUAUUUAGAAUAACGUUACUAUCUGUAGUGUUUUUAUAUUCUGUUUGGACCAUUAGCUCCAUGCUACUAACUAGUCUGGCUGGAGCUAGCUGAUUAUUUUGCUAUGUUAGCUAGCUAGUAAUUUGUCCGUGUCAGCUAACAUUAGUCCACUAUAACCACAGCCUCACAAUAUGUUCUACAAGCUUUGCAGUAAUGUUGGCUUUGACUUUGUGUUGUGGUGAGUGUCGGCCGUUUGUAGAUGUUAGUGGACUCUAGGGCAGUGGAGACUUGGGACUGAAAAUCCAACCCUCAUCCCUUCAUGGAAACAAAUAAAUAAAUCCACAGGCAGCAGACAAAGUCAGGGAAGGUCUCCUUUUUUAAAUUACAUUACAACCCAUUCACUCUUUGGCUGUGAAAUGUGAUUAAUACAUAAAAAUGUAAAAUGCUUCAGAAUCUACAAAAAAGUCGACAGUGUGAGUGCACAGUUAGUAGCUUAAUUUGCUCUGGAGAUGUUCAGUGACAGAUGGUUUCAUGCUGACUGAGGAAGCUUUAUGUUUGUGAAGCGGUACGCCUAAAGGUUUAUCUGUUUGCUGCUGCUCUUUUCUAUUUGUCAAGAUGUUAUUAGCCAUGCUAGCAGACUGAAAUGUCCCGGCAGCUCUCAUAUGGGGGCUCUCAAACUCAGAUUGGCUUGGGGCCACUGUUGGUAUUGUCAUCUCAUAGGAGGACCACUUCAAGGUUCAAGUACUACAAGAAAGAGCAAUAUUCUGGAAAUAUUUCCGUUACUAACGUUGUACUUAAAAACAAAUGCAAACAGCAGUUUCUAUACAUUUUUAUAUUUUUUGCAGACAAACAACAAAUGAAGGCCAAAAGAAAUCAUUUUUAAAAAAUAUGUUUUUAUUUUAACUGUAUAUGAAAGGGUGGUUUAAAUUUUUAUGAAACACCUAGAAAAGAAAUAAAAUGUAUCGUCGCAAGUGGUAAUGAGCGCGUUAAAACCAUUUUGUGCUCCACAGAAAGAAACAGCUCAAUCGGCAAAAAUGAAAGUGUCACAACAUCACUUCAUACAGUUUAAUUCUGUUUAAAGAAGGACUGAGACUAAUCAGAGGUUUCAUGAUGAUUGGACAGAUGAUCAAAAAGUUAUGACCAAAAGUUAUAAGCCCCGCCCUUAGUGAGCAUAUGGUGGUCGAUGGUGGCCAUGCUUUUUCACCAAUCUCGCUCAUUUGCUAUAUAAAUGUGUAUCUUGAUCCUGCAGUGCCCCUCACACAGUAAGUAUAGGAGUACAGGUCCGUUUACCAUUUACCAUUUAAGUCCGAAUGACCACCCAUCAUCACUCUCAGUGUUAAUUGUCUAAGAUGUCUUAACUUAGCAGGGUUGUACCCAUCUGCCAUAUGUACAGUUUGGUAUCACUUUGACUUGGUACUGUAUUUGUUUUUAUCUGCUAACUUCACAGUAUUUCUGACUGAGCAAUAACUGAGUGUGAGUAUGUGGAGCACUCAGAAAGCUGGCUCGUUGUUUGUUUUCAGCCUGAUGUUGGACAGCUCACUGCGCUCCAGCAUUCAGUCAGACCAUCAGUGUUCGAGACUGAAAAGGCUGCAGCGAGUCUCUCCAGCGGACCAUUCUUUUCUAUCGUUUUUGUGCCUUUCCUCAGAUUGAUCGGAGUGAUUGUGCUUAAAUGUCGGUGUGUUUUGGAUUUCUCUGUAAGUCGUUCUUACAGCAGUUGAAGCAAUAAAGACAUCAGUGUUUUUAUUGUG